AUGAGGAAAGAACAACUCAAAAUGGACGACUCAGAAAUAGUCUCUAUCCUUGAUGCAUCGUACAGAUCGGCGAAAACUAUUACACUGUGCAUGACGUUUCUGGGGGGUACUUCACCUGGCGUCUGGGCCAUCAUUCCCACCAUCAUGCGGAAGCUCGGCAUAUUUCCACCAGAGAGGGAACUGCCGGCGACUGCCUGGUAUACCAGCAGAGACACUGACAGUCCCAACUACGAGAUACUCAGCACAUUGCAGUACUUCAGCAUGCAGUACGGCUUCUUCACUGGUGUGGCCCCGGACCUGCUGUUUGUUUCCAUUGUAAUUCACGCAGCUGGACUACUGGAGGUUCUGAACGCUAGAUUGAGACGUGUUGGGGAAAUGUCUCGAAAGCGCAGCGUUAACACUCGCAAACCAGAUAAGCCACCAGAAAAGCUUUCAGAUGGCGUUUCCUCUGCAGAAAUAAUGUGGAAAGAACUUUGCAUAUGCAUCAAAUACCAUCAAGACAUCAUAGAAUUAAUUAAAGAAACUGAAAGAUUGUUGAGCAAACUUGUCCUUCUACAGUUUAUGGGAGCAACUGUUAUUAUUUGCGUCACAUUGUACCAAAGUUCUAAGAAUACGGAGAACAUCGCAGCGCUACUGAUGCUACAGUUAUACUUAGGAGUCAUCAUAUACGAAAUAUUUAUGUACUGCUGGUACGCCCAGGAUAUACUGUAUCAGCUGAUGAGUGCUUCGUACUCCUACUAUGCUCUCCUCAACCAGGUGAACGACAAAUGA